AUGCAUUUAUUGUUAUCUUACUGCUUGUCCCCUACACCUUCUGUGUCUUGUAAAGAUAAUAAGACUCAGAUGGUGAAGACCAAGCAGACAGCUAAGAAGACCACUGGGGGUAGAGCUCCCGGGGUAUCUCUUGCUGGUCUGAAAGCUAGGGAAAAACAUGCUGCCAAGUCAAGCAAGGCCCAUGCUAGGAAGGCCCCUGUUGCCAAGAAGAGAAGGAUGAGGAACUUGGCAAGGAUGGAGGGACAUUGUGGCCUUGUGAUCAGGCAGGUUGCAGAAGGGUAUCCUCAGCCCUAUUUUGGCUUCUACGUGUCAGGCAAGCCAGUCCUGAAACACCCUCUUGUGGUCAUUGGGGGGUUUGAGCAUGCCACCACCUCUGAAGUGGCUGGUAACUCUACUGCCAUUAUCCACCUCCACCUUGAGUCUCUAGAGCUUGGCCAUGCCCCUGUGCAUAUCCUUCACACCAUGUUGCAGGGAUAUUUCAGACAAGACACCUACCACUUCUCACAACUGCCCUUCAACUUUGCCACUGAGGAGUCCAGAGCUGCCUAUGACACUGCAGCAUCAAAGCUAGCUUCAAGUCUGACUACCUUUGCUAAGGUAGUCAUUUUCCUUACUACCCAUACUGAUGAAGACAGGGGGGAUCUGUUCUCUGGAAUGGAGAAUAAGGUUCCAAUAGCCACAGAGGUCUUUGAGUUGCAGUUUCUGCAAGGCCUUCUGUUACCCCUCUCCAACAUUGUCAAGGGUGGAGACCUCAUCUUCUUUGUAUGUGGUUCUACUGUAAGGAAGGAGCAGAGCUUCCAAGGACUGAAGGCAGCUGUGCAACACUUCAAGCCAAGGUCCAUGUUGCUUUUUGAUGCUGAGAGACUUCAACUAGUCACCACCAUUCCCUUCCUCAUGAGUGUCCUUGACUCCACCCUUGUUCAAGGCUUCCAUGUCCAAAGUGCAGUCAGGCACUCCAACAUCAUCCUGAUGUUGUGGCAGGAGAAGGUAGUGGUGGAGAAAUUUGUCUGGACUGACAAGUUCAUCAGGCCUUGGGGACAACAAUUGCCUGCCCAGUGCCCUCAGUGUUAUAGCAUUCAGAAGUGGGAAGCUGGUUGUUCAGGGCAGACUUAUUCCUAUGAGUGCAAGAAUCCUGGCUGUGGGAAGGACACACAAGGCACAUCUCAGCCUCCCCAAACCUAUACUAUCUGCAUGUCCAAAGGGCUACCAAACUGA